ACCACUUGCAUCACUCGCCGCAAUGACCGCAUGAAUGGCUCAGGGAGUAAAACGCGCGCCAAUCAGCACCUCCCUCACGUGGAUUGUCUCUCCAUCAUCCACCACAUUCUGCUCGUAGACGAGGUGCGAUUCGAACUCCUCGAAGGCCGCCGGGUAUCCUGCAGACAGCGGUGCGGACAAGUCCAAAGAUGCAACAUUUGUGCUGUUGUGUCAAAACCCCGUUCCCACGAUUCACCAGCAGCCUUUUCGAAUUCCGAUUUCAUUGCCUUGAUGGCCAUCUCUUCGGCCCUGUUGGCUGGCGGCCCUCCUGCCCCCUCCUCAGAGAUGUCCUGGAGAGUGGUCGACUGUGACGCCCCAUGAUGACAGGCGCUCCGAAGACCAUUGGUUUGGCACGAAGGACUCGUCCCUUGUUGAAGAUUAAGGUCCAGGAGGCACUCGUUGCUGUGGACCUCUUUGUCGAGCGCUUCUUCCGAAUCGGUCGCGAGCUGUUUGGGCCGCUCCUGCUGCUCAACCGACUGUGUUGCGCACGUGUCCUCGCAGCUGGGGCCGAGGCAGGUGUGCAUGUCCUCCUGAAGACCACAUUCAUGCCGCCCCUCACCGCCGUUCCCAGGGCCGGGCUCGGCGGGCUGUGGUGGGGCCUCCGACUCAUCGUCGCUACGGCUGACACGUGGGCUGGCAGCAUCACCAUUGAGUGGGGGGUGGACACCAUUGGCUGCGGUCAUAUGUAGCGCCAUUAUGUCGCCGGAUAACAAUCG